CAAAGAUUACAAACUAUUGGCUUACCUUUAGGAGGCACAACUGUCGAAUUCAUUCCUUUAGUUCUCAUUCUUGUAUCAGAAGAAGGUAUCAACGAGUGGCAAACAUGUGAUGUCGUUCGAGCCACCUACAAGUAUGAUGUUCUAAUCUCCACCAGAAAUUCAAUUGGGGGUGUUUUUCCCUACCCAUUCCCUGUUUCAUCCAUUCAACUGCAUUGCGAUUCCAAAGUAGGAAUAUUAAAUCAUCUGGCAAUGCUGCAUUAGGCUCCGCCCUUCAUCUAGUCAGUUUAGUUCUUAAAAGAUAAGUUUUUCUUUGAUUUUUCUGAUUGUUUAAUGGUUAAAUUUUUCGAUGUUAUUGAAAUGGAAGUUCAUAAACGAAAAACCAGAGGAACUCGGAAGUUGAUAAAUUAUGCUGCCAUUGAUGGCAAUACAUCGUCAGGUGCUAGUGACAACGAUUUUGUUAACAAUAAGCUAGUAAAACCCACUAGACUUACAUCUACCAAAUCGAGUAAGCCAGGUAUACUAAUUGAUAUUAAGUUGUCUAAGAAAUCAAAACUUAUUGAACAAAAAACCAUUUCAGAUCGACAAUCAAAGGCAAAUCCUGUUUCAAUAAGUGCGGAUUCAAAAGUUGUGAAAGUGAUUAAUUCUUUCAUAGCAGAACCUAUUGUGGUACCACAUAGAAUUUGGUCACAAGAAACUAAUAUCACAAGUGAGUGUGAUUGUCUUUCUCUCCAUGAACUGAGUGACUCUUCAGACACUGAUGAAUCGUAUCCCAGUUUACCAGAAAAGUUAAAGAAGAUUCCUAGUUUGAUCCCAACAAAACAAGUAUCAAAUCUUCUUUCCUCUGUGGUGGAACUGUCUUCAAAAGAAGAAAAGAUUGAAAUUGAUAUCUACCGAAAAAGAAAAGUUACACAAGAUGCUGUUUUAACCUUCAAACAACCAGUUAUUCCAACAACAUUUCCAGUAAAAUGGAAACCACCAGGUACUGCCUUCGGCGGUGGAAUUUUGUCAAAUAGAAAUUCUCCUGCGACAGGAAUUCGAUUAGGUUUAUCUCGUAAUCAUCGGGCCAAAAAGCAAUUACACCAACAAUUCCAAAAUAUUCCUGACACGAACUGACAAGUUCAACCUGAUGGCGCAAUUGGCGAAAUAUAUUAUCCAAGACCACGUUGAUGCUUUUAAUCGACUCGUAUUUGUGUUCGGCCGCCUAGAAAAACACUUCACGAUCUCCAACUGUAUUAUAAUUCCGUUCUAACUGAAUAUAAGGAAGAUUUCUGCGAUAAUUUGGAUGUGUUACGACUACGACUUAUUGUGUGUUAUUCAAUCCAUCUACUGACGAAUUCUGUUUGAGACGCCCCAAAAGAAAGAUAAGAUAAAAUAUUGUCUAUUCGUCUACGCUUGACCGCCAUCCGGAAUUAG